CAAUGAUGCUUCAUCUUUUCUUAACCAAAAAAUCUUAUCCUUAGGCUAACAAGAAUAAAAUUUGGUAGUUGAGUAAACAAAAAAGUGAAACUCACAAAGUUUAUAUAAUAGAACUCUCACUUUAGUUUAUAGAUACACAAAAUCCACAUUCACAUUUUAAAGAUAUUUUCUAUAACAUUUUUUAUAUAGUUUAGAUCAUGGUAGGAAGCAUUUUGGGAAAGAUAAACAAUAACACACACUCAAAUGGAUCAUCUCAUAAUCAUAACAAUGGAUUAGAAGAGAAGCUUGAUGAGUUUAGAAGCCUAAUUGGCAAAACCAAUGGUGACACUUUGAGAAUUGUGAGUAUUGGAGCUGGUGCUUGGGGAAGUGUUUUUGCAGCACUUUUACAAGACAGUUAUGGACAAUUUAGAGACAAAGUACAAAUAAGAAUAUGGAGAAGACCGGGAAGAAAAGUCGAUAGAGAAACGGCGAAACAUCUCUUUGAAGUUAUAAAUUCAAGAGAAGAUGUUUUAAGAAGGUUGAUAAGACGAUGCGCGUAUCUGAAAUACGUCGAAGCAAGACUCGGUGAUAGGACAUUGUUUGCUGAUGAGAUUCUUAAAGAUGGUCUUUGUUUGAACAUGAUUGAUACUCCUGUUUGUCCUUUGAAAGUUGUUACUAAUUUGCAAGAAGCUGUUUGGGAUGCUGAUGUUGUUGUUAAUGGUUUGCCUUCGACGGAAACUCGCGAGGUUUUCGAAGAGAUUAGUAAAUAUUGGAAAGAGAGGAUUAGUGUUCCUGUUAUCAUUUCUUUGUCUAAAGGUAUUGAAGCUGCUUUGGAGCCUGUUCCUCAUAUUGUUACUCCUACAAAAAUGAUUCAUCAAGCAACUGGAGUGCCUAUGGAGAACAUACUUUAUCUUGGUGGUCCAAAUAUUGCAUCAGAAAUCUACAACAAAGAGUAUGCAAAUGCUAGAAUUUGUGGAGCUGAGAAAUGGAGAAAACCUUUAGCAAAGUUUCUUAGACAACCACAUUUUAUUGUAUGGGACAAUAGUGACCUUGUCACACAUGAAGUCAUGGGUGGAUUGAAAAAUGUCUAUGCAAUUGGAGCAGGAAUGGUAGCAUCCCUUACCAAUGAGAGUGCUACUAGCAAAUCAGUGUACUUUGCACACUGUACUUCCGAGAUGAUAUUCAUCACUCACUUGUUAACCGAAGAGCCUGAGAAACUUGCUGGACCAUUACUGGCCGACACAUACGUCACGUUGUUAAAAGGGCGUAACGCGUGGUACGGACAGAUGUUAGCUAAGGGUGAACUUAGCCCUGACAUGGGCGACAGAAUUAGCGGCAAAGGAAUGAUUCAGGGAGUAUCUGCGGUGGAGGCGUUCUUCGAACUUUUGAGCCAAUCAAGCUUGAAUGUGUUACAUCCUGAAGAAAAAAUACAUGUUGCUCCUGUUGAGCUUUGCCCUAUCUUGAAGACACUCUAUAAAAUAUUGAUAUCCAGGGAACAAUCAACACAAGCUAUUCUGAAAGCUCUGAGGGAUGAAAAUCUGAAUGAUCCACGGGAACGCAUUGCGAUUGCGCAAAGUCACGCUUUUUACAGACCUUCACUUCUUGGACAACAGUGAUUAUUUUCACUUGACAAAACAAAUGUGGAUGUAACCAUUUAUAGGAAACAAAGGUCAAAGGGACAUAUAUCAUUUAUGUAUUAUUUUGUGAUGUGAUUGUUUUUUUGCAUUGCAUUACUGUUUUGUAUAUACAUGUCAAAUAUAAGUCUCUAUUAAGAACUUACCAUAACAUAAGCACUUAUGAUAGUGUUUUGAUAUA